AUGAGUGUUGACGAUGUGUUGCAAGCGGGAAGAGUCAGGACGCACCCGUCUGCCCAGCUGGUCCUCAACAACAUGGCACUAUCCGAGCUGCUGCAGGCUGGGCCCGCCUGCCCUUAUUGCAAUUGCAGCACCGAGCAUGCACCCUCUUCGGCAGGUAAUGACAAGGAGCUCCCGCAUGCUGCCCUGCGCCGCUGGACGUCGCGCACCACUGCGGCUGUGCCGCCACGGGAGCUCGCCUCGCUGAGUGCAGAUCUGGAGGACUUUCUCAAACAGAACCACGCGGCCCGCCUGGCGGACCUGGACGACUCCCUGGCCUCGUGCGCUCUCCGCGCGCUGAACUCCUUGGGCGAAGGAAGAGAAGGCAAGAAGGAGGAGCAAGCCGGGCCAGCUUCAAGUCAGCGCCGCGAGUCUGCCUUGUGCCUCUUGCCAGACGCAGGGACAGCACCAGCAGCAACAGGAGACCCCACGGACGUCGCUGAGACAGCCCAGCCGUCCCUGCGAGACACAAAGAAGGCAUGCGCUACUUAUGCUACUGAGAGCAACGUUGCUGACUGCUCGGAGAGCAGUUCUAUGGCUGCAGGUUUGUGCCUCUUGGUGAUCGGCUCAGAAGUCUGCUAUGCCGGCGAGUUUCUUGACGGCCAAGCGGCCAAGCUUCGAGUUGCUCGUGGCAAUGCGCUUUUUGUAGAUCUUGUGGCCCUUGUGGAUCAGCAUGCUUUCUUCUGUCAGUCGGCCCCUUGUGAUGGCUCUGCCCGUGGCUUGGUUGCAAAGAGUGCUGGGCUGCCGAGAAAGACAGCGAUGAAGACGGCAAUGAAGAAGGCAAUGAAGAAGGCUGAUUCCACGAAGAGACGCUCGAUGAAGGCCAAGCGCGUCACUCAAGUUGCGCGAGGAAGGCUGGCAAAGUCCAUGGUCUUCAGCGGAAAGAAGGUGAAGACAAGUGGCGGCCUGACCAAGGAUGGACUUAUGUCCAACGUGAGGGGCAAAAUCGUCUCGAAGCGGCAGUCUGCCCAUGGCAAGAAGUGUUUCAAGCACAUUGAGGGCUGGGUUGAGGCAGUUAUGGAGGCUCGGGCUGCUUUCAACGCCAAGGGGUUUGUCGCAAUCAAUGGCAAGACCCUGCAGGGCAAGGCGCUCUAUGCGAAGGCCAAGACGAUCCUCGCCCAAAGCCUGGAGCAGGCCAAACAGCCAGUCCAGGAGCCAUGA